AUGUCCUACAUCCCAGGCCUCACACUUCCUUCAUCUGUCUUCUCUAAUGCCCCCAUAUCAAUCCUCCUUCCUCUCGGCCUCGGUUUAGGAUCUGGCCUGAUCUCUCAGCCAGGUCGGAUGCGCCCCAAAACAUUCUCAGAUCCGUCGGCUCAAGCGAGGGGGAAGUUCAGGACUACAGAGGAACAGUACAAGGCUUUGAAACAGCCUCCUUUCAGACCACCUCCUUACGUCUUUGCCCCAGCAUGGUCGAUGCUAUAUCUGAUGAUGGGCUACGCAGCUCACAAAGCCUGGACGACUGGCAUGUCGAGCCUGAGCCCACGAGUGGUGGAAGACACAAGAAGAGGAGCCACACUGUAUACGCUACAGCUGGGCUUAAAUCUCAUCUAUAUGCCUUUGUUCUUUGGCCUGGGUAGACCAAUCGAGGGCAUGCUCGAUGUUGUCACUUUGACGGGCACCGUAGGUUACCUCACAUAUGUUUGGAGUAAAGUCGAUAAGACGGCAGCCUACCUGAUGGCCCCUUACCUCGCAUGGCUCGGUUUUGCAACCUACCUGACUGCUGGCACGGGUCACCUCAAUGGCUGGACGAUACCCAGCCCGGAGCAGAAAGAGGAGACAGCUAUGGACAAGGAGGAAUCUUGA